ACAUCAGCUCGUGGAAGAGGUGCCAGGAUUGUACAUUCGGCGCCUCACGCUCGAGGACCCCAGGAGCGCGAGGGAACCCUCGAGUUCAAGGUCACAGUCUCCGGCACGCCAUAUCUGUCAUCCUACCACCGGUUACGUGCCCUCCUCCAGAAGAUCCUCCAGUUACAGAUCGUGGCUGAAGAGGAUCCGGAAGGAGAGACCACCGUUCCUGACGAUCGUCUCGUUAGAACUGCCAGAAUCCCCGAUUCCUCUGAUCGAAUCUCAAGCCAGCUCGCGAACGUCCAGAUUCGAAAACGCCAAAGAGUCGGUCGAAUCUAUGGACGAGCACCCGGAGAAGGUCACGGUGGCUGAAAAGGUGGAAGGUAGGGUGGAUCCACGUGGAGCAAGGAAGAGAUCGUCGAGGAAGUCUCGGGGCAGACGCAAAAGAGGCGAGGAGUUCCUGGAAUGUACGAAAGGAGUUCCAACCCUCGAAGAAUGCACGAAGAACAUUGUCGAAGGAGGCAAUCGAAGAUGUUUAUCGAACCUCGAUCUCCAAGAUGUCACCGGGUGCAUCUGUUCCGAGAUAGCAGCGAACUUCCGCCUUCACAUCGGUAAGAAAUCGGAGGCAACCGGGUGCUCGCGAUCACCCAGCCCGGAAAUGACUCACACCAUAAGGAUCGCGAUGAAGCAACACGAUCGUUCGGCUUGCGGAGUUAGCGACGAUGAGGAAACGGAAGGGAACAGAAGAUCAAGGCCGGAAACGAACAGGAAAAAUCGUCAGAGAACCGGGAAAGAGGUAGACAGAGAAGAGUGUAGCAAUGGUGUGCAAGACACCUUAAAUUUCACACUGAAUUGCAGCGGUCUGCGACUGGCGUGCCGUGAUACGAACCUGAGCACCGAAAUAGCCAGUGAAAAGCAACAGAAAUCGAAAAUAAGAAAUUAAUUCGUUUGAGUUGUGUUUUCGAGUCAGGAUAAGUUUAGAUUAAGUUGCUAAUUGUUUUUUAUAAUGAGAAAGAAAAGUGUUUCCUUUGAUAGCGUCAGUGGAAUUGAAAACUGUAAAAUGAAUGAAAGAGUG